AUGGUCUUAGCUGCUGGCCUUCCAGAGGGUUCCAAUUCAACUGCUAGUUUUUCUGAUGCUGCGAUGUUGAGUCUUGAAUGUGAAUGCUGGAACUCAUCACAUGUGUCAGCUGUUUCAGACUUAACAACAUCUGCAGGCGUUACCAUAACAGAUGACUCUACAGAUGAUUAUCAGUAUGAAGAGGUUUCAGCAGAUGAUGAUUUUAGUCUUCAGGAAGAUGAGGAUCUGCCCACGGCUCUGCAGACUCUUCAAGAGCAGGCUGAAGAUGCCCAAAUCUUAGGUUCACAGUCUGUUUUGACUCCCAAGAAAUCAGUGUCUGAAAUACCUGAAGCAGUGGAUGACUUCUUCUGCAACUUCCUGGUCAGACUGGGCAUGUCCAGAACCCUUAACUGCUUCCAAACUGAAUGGUAUGAGCUCAUAGAAAAAGGUGUAAUAACAGUCGAAGAUGGUGGAGUGGUUCCAGCUGUGUACACUCACAUCCAGCAACUUGAGGCUGAGAAUAUGAGCCUGAAGAAGGAUUUGGAAAACUACAGACUUGAUGUCAAGUAUGUUAUUUGA